AUGUCAUCCCCCACCGCCGCCCCCUCCUCCCCCACCCCCACGCCCACGCCCACACCGGACCUCUCCCGCCCCGCCGACCCCCUCGCCGCAGGCCUCAAGUCCCUCCUCGACCCCACAAUCAAGCAGACGACCGAGAAGCUGCUGCAGGUGCACCAGUCGCAGCUGGAGCUCAACGCGGAGCUCACAAGGCUGGUUAUGCAGCUGAAGCACUAUCUGGAUACGACGGACCCGCCGGCGCUGAAGCCGACGGUGGUGAAGCUUGCGGCGGUGGGGAAGCGGCUGGCGGUGGUGAAUAAUUCGCUGCAGACGAUACAAGGAAGGGUCAAUAAGCUGUAUGUACAGAUGAGCAAGCAGCGGAUGCCGCAUUCGCAGUAG